AACAACAAUAAAAAUCACACAAUAUAAAUAUGGUUAAAAAUAGGCGUUAUGAAGAGCAAGGCUCAGUGUUUGGCGUCAGACAUUUACAAUGUUUCCUGCUAUUCUGUGGUCUAUCAGUGGCCUAUGCCCUGAGAGUAAAUCUAUCGGUGGCCAUUGUGGCUAUGACCGAUAAGCAAGCCACAAAUCCGGACUUUGAUGAAUACGAUUGGUCGGAGAAAACCAAAUCAUUACUGCUGAGCAGCUUCUUUUGGGGUUAUGUCAUUACCCAAGUUCCAGCUGGCCAAUUGGCUAGGAAAUUUGGUGGUAAAAUUAUGAUGCUGACUGGCGUAUUCGUGUGUUCCCUCUUGACGGUAUUGACACCGAUUUGUGCUCGCCUCGGUGAUUGGCAAUUGGUGUGUGCCUUACGUGUUAUCAUGGGUCUGAGCCAGGGUUUCCUGUUUCCCUCAACACACACCAUCUUGUCGAAAUGGGCACCAGUUGAAGAGCGAGGAACUUUGGGUACCUACAGCUAUUCGGGUACACAAUUCGGCACUGUGGUUAUGUUAGCCACUAGUGGUGUUUUGGCCUCAUCCGUUAUGGGUUGGCCAAGCAUCUUCUAUUUUUCCGGAGGUAUUGGCUUGGUAUGGUCGGUGGUAUUUCUCAUUUGGGGUGCCAGUUCUCCAAGUGAAUAUCGCAACAUAUCCCCAGAAGAAAAGAAACUCAUUGAAACCUCCUUGGGAUCGAACAAUGAAGAUGAAGCCGCAAAAGUUCCCACAAAAACACCGUGGGUGAAAUUCUUUACCUCGGUACCAUUUUUGGUAUUGAUUCUUACCCACUGCACACAUAAUUGGGGUUUCUGGACAUUGCUUACGGAAAUUCCUUCGUAUAUGAAAAAUAUUCUCGGUAUGGACAUAAAGAGUAAUGCCCUGUUAUCGGCUCUGCCAUAUGCUGCCAUGUUCCUGAUGAGUUUUGUCUUCUCGGCCGUGCAAUCACAGCUAGGUAAACGUGAUUGCAUUCCUCUAUCGGUCAGUCGUAAACUGUUCAAUUCCAUUGGCCAUUGGAUUCCCAUGAUAACAUUGGUGCUGCUGGGUUAUGUAUCGGCCGAUAAUACAAACUUGGCCAUUAUUUUGCUGACCAUAACUGUGGGUAUUAAUGGUGCCACCUAUUUGGGUUUCCAAGUGAAUCACAUUGAUUUGUCACCCAAUUUUGCUGGUAUUCUGAUGGGCAUCACCAAUUGUGCGGCAAAUAUUAUGAGUAUUAUUGCCCCGCUGAUUGUGGGCUUUAUCGUCACCAAUGAGAAAGAUCCCGAUCAAUGGCGUAUUAUAUUCUUUAUUGCUGCCGGUUUCUAUUUCAUUGGCAAUUUGCUCUUUGUGCUCUUCGGCAAAACGGAAGUCCAGGCCUGGAAUGAUGCCCUACCCCAACCGUCAAAGGAAAAACGAAAUUCCACAUUUGUGGAGUCGCAACAUUAG